AUGGCAACGCGUUUUUUUCUUGGUUAUUGGAAGAGAGGAAAACUCCUGUGGAAGUUUCUCAUCUUUAUUUGUCUUUUUUCGCCGCUGUAUUUAUGGAUUCAAUUGCAGAGUGUUGUGGACACAAGUUUAAAGGGAUUGUCCGAAGAAAGACAAGUUCGAAAUGAACCUAUGCUUAAAGAUGAGUUAACUAAUGGGGAAACCGAAAUUGAAGUAAUCCGUUCACACAAAGCAGUAAUAGACAAUCCAGUGAAAGAUAUUCUUCAGAAUGUUUCCAAUAAUGUUAUUCACAAAAGAACUACUUUAAGGAUAUCAGAAGUAAAGAAACAAAGCAAUGUCGACUUACCUGUACAUACAACUCAAAGAAAACCUAUUAGAUUUGAUAACAUUGAAGCGUUUAAUUUAGGUUGCUAUAGCGAUGUAGUUGACAAGCGUGCCUUAAGGGAUUCUUUUAGUUCGGACUCAAGGAGGAUGACCAUUCCACGUUGUCUGCGGCAAUGCUAUACUAACAUCAACAUCAUCGCCUGGCUUAGCAGACGACUUUAUGAUAUGCAUGACAAGACCAACCGGAGAGUUUUUCCUACGAGAUGAGCAAACGAUGGAAAACAAUGAGAUGACAGUCCAGAUAUGCAAAGAUUUCUGUACAGAAAAGGGGCGACCGAUUGCUGCAGUUUCCCGGGGAAUUGAAUGUCACUGUGGGUAUCUCAGUGAAUCGGUGAACUUAAGUGACGGGAAAGUAAAACCUCAAUUGUGCGACACACCUUGUCCUGGUAAAGUUGACCAGUUUUGCGGUGGUCAAGAUACACUGUCAAUUUACCAGACGGAAUCAAGGGAUACCAGUUGCGACACAAUGUCACUACGUCCACCUGGAUCAAUGCCCUUAAUUUCAUUGGCUAGUUUUCCUGGUUCAGGAAACACAUGGGUUCGUUACCUUAUAGAAAGGGUCACUGGUAUAUACACCGGUAGCUAUUAUAACGAUGGUGAACUCUCUAAAAAAGGGUUUUUAGGUGAGCGAGAGCCUUAUAAGAAAGGAAAUACAGUGGUGGUGAAAACUCACCGAUUCGAUGAGGAACAUAUACGAGAGUUUGAUGGCGGAAUCGUCAUCAUUCGUAAUCCAUAUGACGCCAUGUUAUCUGAGCAUAAUAGAAAAUUUGGUGGUCAUACUGGGCACGCAAAUCCAAUGCAGUACAAACAGGGCACGGAAUGGACGGAUUUUGUUUUAGGUAAAUCCCGAACGUGGACGAAUACUGCCCUUAAUUGGCUGCUACAUCAGCCGAACAUACAUGUUGUACAUUACGAACAUUUGAAGACUGAUAUUUAUGGUGAAUUAAAGAAGAUUGUGCAAUUUCUCAAGCUACCUGUAAAUGAAAGUCGAUUAUUGUGUGUUGCAAGCGAUCCAGUCGGUAAAUUUAAAAGACCACCAGCACCAAAGGGUAAACAAUUAGAUUUUGAUCCAUUUACAGAGGACAUGAGAGAAAUGGUCAGUUUAUACAUCAAAUCGGUUGCUAUGGCGUUGGAUGCGAGAAAUCAAGAACCAUUACCAGAUCAGUACAACCCAAAAUUAACAUUCAAAAACGACGUUUAAUGAGAAAUAUAAACAUCUUAUUAUUAUAUUUUGUCGCUCAGGGGGAAAGUAGAGAUAGGUUUUAUCUGAUUGCUGCAUUCUUCCAAUAAAUAGAAAGUUGUCUACUGAGGUGAUAUUUAGAGAGUACGGUGGAGAUGGAUUUUGGUAGAUUUCGCUUACUGUUGCAACUAUUUUACACGGGUUUACGGUACGUUGUAUUGCAGAGGAUGCUACACACACUUGCGCUAUGUUGUAGAGGAUGCUACACGCACUUGCGCUGUUUUGAUCCUGAAAACGUUCCGUUAUUUAGUGGCUUGCCUUGACGCAUGCAACAUAAAUUGUUGCUACUUGUCCAUAAAUUUUCUAUGCAUACAACUUUAGAUAGUGAGUUAGCACGUAGGUAUUAGCUAACAGAGCUAACAGAAAAGUUUUGUAGGUAAAAGUGGUUAGCUAAUGUAAACUUUUCACCAGCUGGUACAAAGACUGGGCACAGGAUGCUCCUUGGGAAUAUAAGGGUCGUGUUAGCUGAUAAGUUCCGGUAGUCAGGGUGGAGCAGGUUGGUGGGUGAAAUUUUGUGUAAUGGUGGUUGGUUUGGAGAUCAUUGUGAUACAAUGGUCUAUAAACUGGGGACAUGCACAGGAGUCGAAAGGUGGGUGGUAUAUGAAUUAGUGGUGGGGUGACCUAGAUUCUGAAGGGCUUUCUUGAUAUAACAUUCUGCAUUAAAGGCACUAUUUAUGGUCCUAGUGGAUGAAGUAAUUUUUUUUCAAAUGUCAUAGGCAUGUCACGUUGGACAGAACUAUAUUAUUUACCUUUUGUUACUUAUCAUUUUAGUAAUUACAGUACAGGUAUAAUCAAUAAUUUUUAUUUAUGUUUAAAAAUGAUUGUUUUAAUUGAUGAAUAUUGUUUUAUAAAUGGAUUAUAUUUAAAAUAAAUAAUGGUGUAAUUUAUCAGACGAUUUAUAUAAUAUUUUAUUAAUUUACAGCAAGUGUCAUGUUUUAUUUAUUUCCCUAUGGAAUUACUAUAAUAGGUUUACCAUUUUGAGUUUUAAGACGUUGGGAGUUGAAGACGCAGACAGUUUAAACUUCUUCCAGAUUUUUUUUAAUGAAUAUUUGCCUUUUUCUUUGAAAUUAUUUGCUGAAAUUUAUACAUAGGAUAAGUGAAUAGUAGUGAAGACAAACUUUGAUUGGAUUGUGGUUUCGUCACGCGUUCGUAACUAUAACAACAUGUACA